AGCCGGGCACGAGCCGGACCCAGCCGUUACCAGCGCAGCGGGCACCUCGGACAUGACCCGGGACCACUGAGGGCACGAUCACACCAUGGCCGGGAAAACACGCAGCGAGGACGAUGACGAUGAUCUUCAAUUUGCAGACCAUGAAGUUCCAGUUCAGAAAGGUGUCAAGAAAAUAUGGAAUAGAAUAAAAUGGACAAGAGAUGAGGAUGACAAGCUGAAAAGACUUGUCGAACAGAACGGGACAGAUGACUGGGCAUUGAUUGCAUGCCAUUUUCUGAAUCGUUCAGAUGUACAAUGCCAACAUCGAUGGCAGAAAGUUUUAAAUCCCGAGCUAAUUAAAGGUCCCUGGACCAAGGAAGAGGAUCAGCGGGUCAUUGAACUAGUUCAUAAAUAUGGUCCGAAAAGAUGGUCUUUGAUAGCAAAGCACUUAAAAGGGAGAAUUGGUAAGCAGUGCAGAGAAAGAUGGCACAAUCACCUUAACCCAGAAGUGAAAAAGUCUUCCUGGACGGAAGAAGAGGACCGCAUCAUUUACGAGGCUCAUAAACGUAUAGGCAACCGUUGGGCUGAAAUUGCAAAGCUGCUUCCGGGCAGGACUGAUAAUUCCAUAAAGAACCAUUGGAAUUCUACCAUGAAACGCAAAGUGGAACAGGAAGGAUACCUGCAGGAUGAAAAUCAGAACGAUCAUCUACCCAAAUUUCGUCCUGAAGUGUGCGCUGCACUGGACCUGUUGCAGGCACGGAAUCCAUUCUACAAUCCAGUCCAAAUCCAAGUUCCAGGAUACCAGUACAUGCAGGCUGAUGACCGCAAUAUAGAAAGUGUUCAGAAUUCCUUUGGUUUUAUUCAGCAGCCCUUUGUUGAUGAAGAGGAUCCUGAAAAGGAAAAGAGGAUAAAGGAGCUUGAGUUGCUGCUUAUGUCAGCUGAGAACGAAGUCAGAAGACAACAUGUGUCAUCUUCUUCAAGUUUUUCAAGCUGGUCUGGAAGUUUUGUAAUAGAAGACAGCAUGUCCAAUACUCUACAUAGUGUAGAUGACCAAACAAGUGACUUCUACAGUCUUGAAGAGACACAUGACUCAUCUGGUCACCACAACUCUCCCAGCAAGAUUUUGCUUGUAGAGGCUAAUACACAGUUUUCCUCUUUAGAGACAAUCCCAGAAUUUACGGAAACAUUAGAUCUUAUUGGAACAGACCACACUCCAUGGAAUGAUAUCAGUAGCUUUGAGGUUUCCAUUGUACCGUCUCCUGCAAAACUUACUCCCAUUAAACUGAUCCCAGUUCAGCAUGACGGUGGACAGGACUAUCAGAUACAUUGCAGACUGGGGCUUCCAAGUGGGCACACUGUUAUCAGUGAUGACCACGGUUCCACCAAAUCGCCUGUUGUAUCAAAAUUUAGCACACCUCCAGCUAUUCUCAGGAAGAAAAAAAUACGUUCGCGCCCAUCUUCCACAACUAAAAUGAAUGAAGAAUUGGACUCCAACAAUGUUCGAAUUAAGGGUACUCCUGUUAAAAUGCUUCCAUUUUCUCCUUCACAGUUCUUCAAUAUCAGUUCUGGAAAUGUUCAAGAACAGUUCAACCUUGAGAAUCCAUCAUUCACUUCAACUCCAAUAUGUGGCCAGAAGGUACUUACAACUCCUCUAAGGAAGCAGACAACGCCAAAAGAAGACAAAGAAAAUGUUGGUUUCAGAACACCCACCAUAAGGAGAUCUUUAUUGGGAAACACCCCAAGAACACCCACUCCAUUUAAGAAUGCUCUUGCUGCCCAGGAGAAGAAAUAUGGCCCUCUAAAGGUUGUGGCACAGCCCCUAGCAUUUCUUGAAGAAGAUAUCCGAGAAGUGUUGAAGCAAGAGACUGGGGCAGACAUAUUCAUUAAGGAGGAAGAUGAACAGAUUUGUAAAACACAUAAACAAGAGCGGAGGUCUGCUGUAAAAAAAGUCAGAAAAUCUCUGAUGAUGGAUGCUUGGGAUAAAGAAGAGCUCGGUGCUCAACUGUUAACAGAAGACAGUGAUUAUGAUCUACAUAAUGAAAACACCAUUUCCACAUCUUUAUUAAUGAUACCAUUGGCUGCCACAGAAGACAUAAAGUGCAACAUAAACAAUGAAAAGAGACCUGGGAAGAAACUUAGCCCUAUCUCAAAAAAUUACACAUCGGAAAAGUCUGUUCAGUCGCUUUGUGAAUGGGAAGCUGUUGUGUUUGGUAAGACAGAAGACCAGUUGAUCAUGACGGAACAAGCAAGAAGAUAUCUCGGCACUUAUAAAGCUACUACAAGCUCUACAUCAAGACACCUAAUCUUAUGAAUGCGGAGUUUGACCUUGUGUAAACUUUCUUACUCUGUGCACUAAAAUAAGACUAUAUUUUAUUCCAGUAGGUACCAUAGUAUUUGGUUUGCCGCACUACAUUUAAAAUGACUUUUCACUUGUAACCUUGCCUAGCCAUGGAUACCAUGGUGGUUGAACUAAAUGGUUUGACGCAAGAUGUUCUCAUGCU